GGCACUACGAGGAGGUGUACGAUAACCAGCUUAACUUGGCCUACUGUUUCAAUGAUCCUGAGGACAAAUGGUUAAGUAAUUACUUUUAUGAGCAAUGCUUUAACACUGCUCAACUAAUAAAAAUUGAUGGUGGGAAAAGAGAGGCACAAGCACAUGCAAAUAUGGGCCUCAUCAAUGAGGAACAAGGUCAUGUCAAGAAAGCUGCUGAGCAUUAUGAAGCAUUUUAUCAGCUAACAGAGGGUUCAAUGUGGAAGGAUAAGACAGGCCAUACUUAUAAUUCACUGGCAUGUGAGCAUCUCUGGAGAAUUUAUACAUUAAUAGCAGACAAAAUGCUAGGAAAUAAAGAACACCAACAGGCCAUCAAAACGCUAAUAAAAGCUUUAAAAAUGGCAAAAGAAGGAGGUGAUAUGAAGAUGGAAGGAGAAGCUGCGUAUUGCUUAAGUUUAGCAUAUUAUUUUGCUGGAGAACAGCAGACAGCGUUAUCAAUUUUGAACACCUCUGUAAAAAUCUUCACAGCACUUUGUGAUUCUGCUGGCCUAGGCAGAGCAUAUGCAGCUAUAGCCAAGAUCCUGGUAAG